ACUUUCUUCAGAUGGCGAGAACACCAUGACAGGCUGUCGCGGUGGAGUCAUCACUCUGCUCGAGCAACAGGUGACGAAUGAUAUCCUGCGCACCAGAUGGAUCUCGUCAUGAAGGCGGCGUUUGCCAAGAUUGACAACGGGUAAUUCGUCAAGGGAACGAAUCGAUGGGCUGUGCACUUGCGCAGUCAGGUGAAUCUGAUCAAUCGGCGUGUUCGAAGCUGACCAAUCGCUGGCUGCACAUGGGCAACACACUCGAUUGGAUGCUAGCCAAGCGCUGCUGACGCACAUUGAGGAAAAAAAGCCCGUUGAUGCGCUACCGAGAUGUGAUAUAUCGAAGCAACAGCUGUUGCGGCAGUGACGGCCGUGGUGAACGCGACACUUACGAAGAUCCAAGCAAAAGACAUGAUAAUCUCGCAUCAGCAUAGUGAGAUUGAAUAGAUGGUAUGUCGGCUAUGCACCCUAAUCUUCGCCAAGCUGAUGUCCGAUGACCUCAACCUGGUCGGUGCAGAUGAUGUCCGAUCUCUGCAUUGGUGGCUUCCGGCAGAUGCCCUGAUCAACUUCAUCGAGGAUCAGGGAUCAUUCGUCCGCGACCUACUCGGUAAUCUCAGUCUGGGCGACAAGCCGAAAAUUCUGCAAGAAAUUGGUGAAUUCAUAUUCCAUAUCCUUGAGGGUAUGUGCGAUGUCCAAGGAGAAAGUGAUAGCAGGAACCAGGCUGCCGCUUCACUUGCUUCUACGGUCAUGCCAGCUGAGCUUGUCAAGAUGCCAUAGCGUAUAUUUGUUGCCGAGAUGCUCGACCCACGCCGAGCACAUAUAGCAAAGUUCCCGUCUGCGGAGUAGGUCGAGGAGAUCAAGAGCGAUCACCGCUCACUGUGCCGAGAGUACAUUGUAAACGAACUUGUCAAGACCAAGAUUGACCAACAUGAUAACGAGACUAUGUUUAACGUUGGCUGGAAUGACGUCCAGGGCUGCGUAACUGAUGGUUCGUUUGGUUCUUUGAGACAGUUCGGCUGUGGACUUGCCACUGUUUUUACCAACACAACGUCGGUGGAGUUGGAUUUUUCCAUAUUGAAGUGGGAGAAGGACAAUUGGCGGAUGGAUUUGACUUAUAUGGCACUAGAGAGGGUAUUCCAGGCGAAACAGUUCGAACUAAUGACGCGUCUGUAGUAAUAAAACAUUGGCAUUUGGUAAAAUUCGGCCAGUGCCGAAUUGAAUACCAGGUGGCGUGCCGAAAUUAGCUUGUUCUCGGAAGAUUAGGCGUUCACCGAUUUUACUGAGGUUUGAUCUAUGGAGAAAAAAGACCUCAUUGUUACUCUAGUAUUUAAAAUAUAGUUGCUGUAUCAAAAUACAGUUGUUUUCUUAGUCUGUGCGCUAUAUCCGUACCACAUUAAGAGGCAAGUGUACCACCCUCUUUUAGGGUAUAGUCUACACAACAAAUCAAUUAGAUAACGUAUUUCAUUAUCUAUAGAGAACAUUAGCU